AUGGCAGGUGAUACCUCCGAAAGUUUGGCCGCCUUCGUAAAAGCUGACAUUGACAUGGACAGUGCAAGACAGGAUUUAUGUUGCUGCUGUCAAAGUUCACACAUUUGGGAUUACAGUGUGGCUACAGACAGUGCUCCAGCUUUGUUAGAGUGUGGACAUUCCAUGUGUUUUAACUGUGUGAAGACCCAAUGGCUGGAUGUCGAAACACAAGAUGGUACGAUCUUUUGUCUGGAGUGUUCCAAAAGGGUGUCCAUUCUGCAUGUGAACUCAACAGAAAAGGAAGUUUGUGAGGAUCAAAGUGUUUCGGAAGAACAACCACUGUCUACUAGAAGUGAUGAUGGCAGCACUGGUGUUUGGACUUUGGAGCAAAAGGAUAGGAUCCAACCAGAAGGAUGGGUAAAUGCAGGAAUCUGCGACAACUUUGUCUUGAAGUUAAUAACGUCCAAUGCCAACUCUUGCUUGCCAGGCAGCGCACUAAUCCUGGAUAGUACAUCGGGUCUGGUCAGUAACUUAUUGGAACCUGAAGAUGCAGCUCACAGUGCUAGUUCGUUAACACCGAUUAAAGAGGAGAUCGUUUCUGACAAAACUCUACUUGGAUACAUAGUGGAGGAUUCCAUGUCUGAAACUGGCAUUAACAAUGCAAAUGUAAAUGAUAAAAUAGAAGUUCGGGGUCAGACAAAUACACUUGCAUCUCCUGAUCUCAAUUUGAAAGCCCUGCUUCAGAUGCUAGAAAAAAAUUCGUUGCCAUCUCUUGGAGCAAGUGUGGAGAGUAAUGAAACAAAUCAUGGUUCUGAAUGUAUUGCUAGACUAGAGAAUGGCUACAAAGAAGCAAUUCAUAGUCUUGAAAAAUCCCACACUGUGUGCAGUAACCAUGAACUGGACAGAUCUGGACCAGAGAAGCAGCUUUGUGAAGAGAUAGGAAUUGAGGGCGAUUGGUUUCCGAUUGGAAUCCCACAGAAUGAGUCAUUUAUCUCCAGGAAGGAGAAACUCCCAUUGGUGCAGUCUUUACCCUGCACUGUCUACCUUCCAAACUCAGACACUGUUGCAUCAGAAGAUUGCAUCAGCAUGAAUGGAAUGACACCCCAGUGUAGAACCCUCAAGCAGUUGGACAGAAUCAGUGGAAAUCCUGUUUCACAUGUCUGGUACUCACAGGCAGACAGAGACUUCCAAAAUAAAAGUAACCCAAGGUCUAGGAGAGGGCGCAAGCGCAAGCCAUUGUUAAGACAUUACCAGUCAGAGCUUUUCAUGAGGCCUUAUCUGAAACAUGAACAUAGUCCACAGCUUCAGUUGGUCAAACUCGUGAGACGGAGGGCACAGGAUAGGAAAGACGAAGAGAAGAUUGCAGCUAGUGUCAGCCGUGAGGAGAAAUUCCUUCAUAAACCAGAACUCAUUAAAAAACACGCUGAAGAUCCAGAACUGGCCUUUAUGAAAACGGUGGACAUGCCUAGUGGGAAACGAGUUGAAGACAUAUAUGUUGUACCAUCAGUCUGGAUUAGUAACGAGAAAAAGAAUGCUGGAAAACCCAGCUGUGUUAAGGAGCCACUAGAUUUUCCAGAAUCUGACUUAUGCAGUUACUUACCAGGAGAAACAAAUCAGAGAGUACCUGUUCAGGUGCCAUCCCAUGGAAGUCACCCUCGCCUCUCAAACACUUGUCAGCAUCCUUGCUGGAGGCAGGGUCAGAGUUCAUUCAGCGGCUGUCAGUCAAUUCACUGUCAUCCAGCUGCAAAUUCUUCAAGAAGAAGUUUGCAUUCAACAUCAUUCUCCAACGCUCACACUAUCAGGCCUACGCAGAAUUUGUAUAAAGUAAUCAGAGGUCAUAUUAUUACCACUUUAAAUGCUCCAAAAAUAGAACCUGUACCUUCUUUGAAAGAUUUAUGUAAAGCCGUGUUAGGGUUAGAUGCCGAAAUGGCCAUUUCUCAGAUGAGGGAAAACAAGUAUGCAUAUUUAAGUCAAAAUCAUAUGGCAACACAGCACUCUCUUAAUGACCCAAGUGGUGUGUCCAAGGAAAUGAGCUUGGAAAUAAAAACUCCAAAAGAGUUUCUAGACAUGAGGUCUGCAUCUCAGCAUGUGCCAGAAUUACCAGAAAUGAGCAGUGAGACUAAACAUACAGAUAAGAAAAAUGCAAAAGAUACUAAUAAUAAAGUUAAGAAACAUCCAGAAUCUGCUAGUUCUAUGAACUCUCCAUCCUGUGAUGUGAAGAACCCUGGGAAGUUUGACAUACGUGACGGAACUGAGCCACUAAUGGAUAACCAGGAGACAUUGCCAGAAAAUCCACUGUUUACUGAGGAUGCCAAGAAAUCGGAUGGAAUCAAGAGUAUUUCCCUGGGUUCCGAUUUUUGUAAACACCUACAGGCAACAAAAGUUGCCCAGCAGUUUCACAAUCAGUCAGUAAUUUAUUCUUCUGCAGAAGAGACAGAAAGCUCACAGAUUCAAGAGAGCUUUAGAUACAUGUACCCAACUGUUGGCUUGAUUAAUGGUACCAAGAGCCGCGGUAGCGAUUACAUCAUUCCCAUUACCAGCUGCAAAUUGACGGAUGUUGCCAAAUGUGAACAGCCAACAUCAGACUGCCGUCUUUCAUUGGAUGAUGGUGGGCCUAAAAAAAUUGGCCUGGGAUCAUUCAGCUGUCCUCCCUACAGCUUAAAUUCUUAUCCGGUCAUGUGUGAUGAUUCAUUUUCUGAUGAUGCACUUGAAAGCAGUCUGGUGAACCUUCCAAGCUUGGUUUCCAUUACCAAACAGAUAAGGAACUUAUCAUCAUUGGAACCACUAAAUAAACCUCUAGCAAGCCUAACCACAGCCUUACAACUGCUUUCUAGUGCUGAAAAAACAUUGUGUGAUUGCAACUUUGUUGUGUACAGGCAAGUGAAAUAUGAUACCAAAUCCAAGUUAGGGCACUUAAAUUUGUGUAUUCGCAAACUGGGAGAUGUCAUUAUUACGCUGGGUGGGACUCUGCAAGAAUGGAUGAAGGAAACUAGCAACCGCUGCUUUAAAACUAUGGGGAUUCUUACAGAACUGUACAACUCCAAUGUUGUUGCUCUAACUGAGCUGAUCACUCCGUACUUCCAUUACAUCUGUGAGCUAAUUGCUUCCUGUCAUUCUGAAGUUGGGCCAUGGAAUAAGCAAGAGCCAUCAGAUCAUGGUACUGCAAAAAGAUUAGGGAACCACCUGUCUGUAACACCUGCUGGUUGGUUAGAUGCCAAUAUUGCCAAUACGGUGUCAUAUCGAACUGACAGCCUGGAAUCGCAUGCCUUUGGAGACAGUCAGCAAUCUCUUUCUCCUAAAGGCUUCAAAAGACAAGAUUAUGAUCCUCUGUUACCUUCUAAAGAAGACAGCGAGACAUCUCUCUCUGGGCAGGGAAGUGCCAAAUCUUCUCCAAGAGCAAAAGGCAUCAGUGCAAAGCGGGGGAGGCCACAGGGAUUCAAGAACAGCCAGAGAAGAAUACAAGUUAACCACCUGAAAAAUAAACCUAAGCAGGUACUGAGUCCACUGGGGCCCAGAAGAAAUCAGAGCACAUAUUCAGACUUAAAAUGUAGAGGCCCAUCUGGUAAGUUGCUUCCAAAUAAAAUACUCAUAAACAUGACAAUGGACAGUAUUUGGGACGAGGGAAGUGCCACAGACAUUCACAGGUCUCAAACCAUUGCCUCUCAUAUGGUAGCUGACCACGUUUCUGAUGACUCUAUGUAUGGAAAGGAUGAUCAGCAAAUGGUGGAGGUUACUAGCAGUACCACGGCCUGGGUGUUACCAUCUGAUACAAAAGACACUUAUCUUGAAGUCAGUAGCAUUGAAGAAUCAAAAGACUUUAGUACUGAGUCUAGUCCAAGUAAAAAGUUAAAGUAUGAGCAGGAUGACGCCAGCACUCUCUCAAACAUUGUAGUGGCCCUGCCUGAAGGAAUCAACAUCGUUGUCAGCAGUGCCUUCAGCCAAACCACACCCACCCCAAGCACAGGCAGCGCAAACACAAUGACACUUCAUGACUCUACUGGCCGCAGUCUCAACAUUUGUGCAGCAGAUUUCCAGAACAUCUUCUUCAUACACAACUCGGAGAACCCUGGCAGCUUUUUGCAGUUAGACCCUCAGUUGUCUGUGGCAUUGCUGAACAAUUUGAGAGAGAACAAAGACGUGCAGGAGCAGUUUCAGAUGGAGCUAACGCCUGGGGAUCAGAGGGCUGCAGUGAGUGACAGUAUUAAAGAUGAGGUCGGGGAAUCGGAAGCUGAUUCUUGUUUGGAUCCAAAUGUGAACAUUGUUGGUGGUAAUGGGUUUAUCUGUGGUCCAUCUUCUAGUGAAGAUGCAGACAGUCUUUGA